CCGCCAGCUGGAGAGAAGCGCUCCAGCCGCCGCUGACAAAGGAAGGGAGAAUGCCCGCGCGCCGUGGUGCCAGCCGCGCGCAGCCUGGCGGCCGCCUGAGCCACUUCACCCUCCACCGGUCCCAGGGAACACUGUCAGAAUCUCAAUAACCCUACUCAAUAACCCUGCCAAGUAGAUCUCAGUUACUGAAGGAAUUGUGGAUUCUGGAAAUGUACCCAUGAAGAAUUCUGAGAGAAUGUGUUCAGUUAUCCUGCCGUGAUUAAACACGACACUGCUGUAUUUUAACUGAGCUUGGCAAAGCAAGGAUAUGAACAAUUGUGCAGGUGGGUUACUCAGGGUGAGCGAAGAGAUAAGGCGUCCAAUCAGGGACUGGCCACCUGCAGCCCUGCCAAUAUGCCCCUCCACCAGAUUUCCGUGAUCCCAGCACAGGAGACUGCCAGCAAUGGGAGAAGUUCAGUGGGCAGAAACAGAGAGAAGAACAAGGAAGUCGAGAAUUUCAGAAAUUGAAAAGGGAUAAGAGGAAGGAGAAAAUGCUGGGCUGGUGUGAAGCGAUAGCUCGCAACCCUCACAGAAUCCCCAACAACACACGGACACCUGAGAUCUCAGGGGAUUUGGCCGACACCUCACAGACCUCCACAUUGAAUGACAAAUCCCCAGGGCGAUCUGCAAGUCGAUCGAGCAACAUUUCAAAAGCAAGCAGCCCAACAACAGGGACAGCUCCCAGGAGCCAAUCAAGGUUGUCUGUCUGUCCAUCCACUCAGGACAUCUGCAGAUCUGCCAUCUUGCAUGACAUGUCAGAAGAGGCAUUUGAGUACUGCACCCCUGUCAUGGUGCUGAGCCCUGCUAGGAAGGAGUCUGGUAAGAAACCAGUAAAACAGAGACCUAGGAGGAGGAGAAGGGGCUCUGAGAGAUAUGAGCAUGCAGAAGAACAAACAAAAGGGAGAAGAAGUGAUUUUCACCUCCCAAUCUCAAGCCCCAGAUGGAGGGAGCUUUAUACAGAUUCUUCAGAUUCAUCUUCUGCAGAUGAGGGUCAUUGGACUCAGGCCAAAAGAAGAGCCCAGGUUAAAUUCAGACUGUCGAGAAGAAGAAGGAGAAAUAAUAACAGACCACAUGAAAACUUCAAUGGGUCUUCUACUCCUAAUGGAAUUGAGCUUGUGGAUUUGGGAUCCAAAGGUAAAAAGCAGCAAGAGCCGACUGACUGUGAGAGUUGCUCUUUAAAUCUCUGCAGAGGAAAAGGCACCAGGUACCAAGAAUGCAGUCAUUCCCUGCCUGGAGGGUCCCUGGUCAUUCAGAGAUCCUCCAGGAACCAUGAGAACAGCAAAGGCAGAUACCACCACACCGAUUCUCAGCUCUUGCAAAGUCUCAGGCAAAAUGAAAUCACAAAAAGGAGAUUAUCAGAAACCGAUUCCAGCACUGAAAUAUUGCCAAUUCAAGAAGGCAGCAAGUAUGUGGAAGAUGCAGAGCUCCGGGUGAACAGCCCUGUGCAGAAGCCUCCUGCCACUUGGGAUGGCGGGUCUGAUAAUUUAGAAAUAUGCAGAAUCUGUCACUGCGAAGGGGAUGAAGAAAGCCCCCUCAUUACACCCUGCCGCUGCACGGGGACCCUGCGCUUCGUCCAUCAGGCCUGCCUUCAUCAGUGGAUCAAGAGCUCAGACACGCGCUGCUGUGAGCUCUGCAAGUAUGACUUCGUGAUGGAGACCAAGCUGAAGCCCCUCCGGAAGUGGGAAAAACUACAGAUGACCACAAGUGAAAGGAGGAAAAUAUGCUGCUCUGUCACAUUCCACGUAAUCGCAAUCACCUGUGUGGUGUGGUCCUUGUAUGUAUUGAUAGACCGGACAGCAGAGGAAAUCAAGCAAGGCAAUGACAAUGGUGUCCUGGAAUGGCCAUUUUGGACAAAACUGGUUGUGGUGGCCAUCGGCUUCACAGGAGGUCUCGUCUUCAUGUACGUACAGUGCAAAGUCUACGUUCAGUUGUGGCGCAGGUUGAAGGCCUACAACCGUGUGAUAUUUGUACAAAAUUGCCCAGACACUGCCAAAAAACUGGAGAACUUCUCAUGCAGCGUGAACACAGACAUCAAGGACGCCGUGGUAGUGCCUGUAUCACAAACAGGCACAAAUUCACUGCCAUCUGUGGAGGCUGGCCCCCCUGAAGUUGUGUCAGUUUGAUGAAACCAGUUGGGAGUUUCUUACCGAAGAAUAUACCUUUCUAGCCCUCAGCCACUACACAUGACAGAAGUGAUCCUGAAUUAUUCACUUCCUUUUAGCUCCUCCUUUGUCUUACUGAAGCAUUUUUCCCUUACUUUGCUCAAAAAGGAAAGGAGAACACGCCAGGAUCCUAAGAAGUAUAGCCUAAAGUGUGAUCUGGAAACGUGGCAAUUAAGAACCAUUGGAGCCAUGAGUGCUUUUAGGCAAUGGUAAAAAUUAACGGGACCUGUGAUACUCUUCACAGUAGCAGGGGAGAAGUUCAAGAUUACAGACUUGAAUUACAAUGUGUUUUUCUUCUAGGGUCUUGUAAUGUUACCUAUCUCGUCUGGAAAUAACAAACAUAUUUGGUUUUAAGCCUGAAAUUGUCUGCAUUAUCUUUAAGUCACAGGGGAAGCAAACUUGGAGGAUGCAUAUUUUGAUAUACUUGGACAGCUAACAGAUUUUUACGGCUAUAGUGGAGUCCGGUUAUUUUGACAGAUUCAUGUCUUUAAAACAUAUGCAAUACACGUUUGAAGAUAUUAAUACUUAGGAUUAUUUAAAUCAUGAACGAAAGACGUUCAGAGAACUUUUGGGUUUAAGUAGCUCUGUUAACUACCCACAGAAAUCAGCCAGCAGGUCCUCUGUUUCCGUCUGGCCUCUUAAUACAGAGCUGUACAACGCAUAACAUGAGCCACAAAUAUGGCCAUAUAUGUAAAUUUUUAAUUUCCUGGUAGCCCCAUUAGAAAAGCAAAAAAGGAAAGGUGAAAUUAAUUUUGAUAUUGUUUAUUUAACACUAUAUAUAUAUAACUUAUUUCGACAUGUCAUCAAUAUAAAAAAUUAUUAAGGUAAGUAGUUUAUAUCUUUUUUUUGAACCAAGUUUUCAGUACCCAAAGUUCAGUUUGUAUUUUACUUCACACCUCAAUUUGAAUUAAUUUUAUUGGAUAACACAGCCCCCAAAUUAGAAACUAAGCCUUUGCUUCAUUUAACAGUUGACUAUAUUAAAACAGCAGCUUAUGGGUGGUGCCUGUGGCUCAAAGAAAUAAGGUGCUGGCCCCAGAUACCGGAGGUGGUAUGUUCAAACCCGGCCCCGACCAAAAACUGCAAAAAAAAACCCCAAAAACAAACAAACAAAAAAACACAGCAGCUUUUUUUUUUAUUACAAAGCCCCACAAAUGUUAUGAUUUUACAAAGCACUAAAUCAAAUGAAGUGUUGUGGUUUGAAGAGUUAGAUGUAGUUCAUGUUUCUUUAAAGGGAUUUGUCUAAAGAGUUACGCAUAGAAAGAUAAAGCAUCGGCCUGUAGCAAAGUUGUGAAAUUAACUUGUUUGCUACUAUGGAGCAUUAUGAUAGGGAAAUAAAAAUUAAGUAUUUUUUGUUAUUAAAAAAUGCAUAAGUUUUUUUUUUUUUAAUCUACAUGAGUUGUCAACUUAACAGCUAAGUAUUUUAUGACCAAGAAUCUACACAUUUUAAAAAGCUGACAAGAUUUCUCUUGGUCAGUUGGGAAGCAAAAAUAUUCAACAGAUUCUGUGUUAAUAUAUUAUUUAAGGUUUGACAAAUGAUCAUGUGUUCCUUGCAUAUUCAUGUAAAACUAAAGUGUGAAUGAUUUUGCAGUGAACUAGAUUAAUGAUUACAGACCUAGUAACCUGUCAAAGAAAGAUGUCCUACAUAAAAAAGGUGACCGCUUUUUGUGAGCUUUUGUAUUUAUUAAUGUGAGAAGGCAGCGAUGGCCAUAAGAACCAAAGCAUGGGUACUGUGUUGCACAAAUCUGGGUAUCACAUGGAUGUACUUUGUAAUUAUCAGUGUGCUUGUUCUUCACGGAUUAUCAUAGGAAAAAGGAAAAAAAAAUAACCUUUAAUGAAGAGAAAGAUGGUAUGAAUAUUAGUAGUGGGUGACCAUGAGUUCAACUAGUCCCAAUCUUAGAAAUAAAGAAAAGGUAAACAAUGUCAAAUUGUGUAUAUGUGUGUGUGUGUGUGUGUGUGUGUGGCGUGUGUGGCGUGUGUAUAUUCAUGUAUAUAGGCAAGAAAAAUGCUAAGGUAUUCAUUCAGGAAACAAAAGGUUUAAAGCUCAUCUUUCUCAAAACUUGUUGAAAGCAUAAAGAAAACAAAGCUGAAAUAACUAAACUGAACCAAAAAUUCUGUACAAAGACAUACAUGGUGUUUAAAAAAAAAAUGUAUGAACCUUGAACAAACUAUACUUUGUAUUAAAUUUCUUUUAAAUUUCUGUUUUAAAGAUUUAAGAUAAAUACAUUUAUGGAUAAUAAAGCUUUGGGUGACUUAAACAUGACACCACAGCCAAGAGAUUAAACUUGCCGUAAUUUUCCUGUUAAUUUUUCUAAGCUUUUUAUUAAUCUGUUUUCCCUGUAGUUUACAAUGGGCUAUGUGCUGAUUCCAAAUAUCCCUGGGGGAAUCUAGUCACCAGCAAAGAAAUGGCAAUUUCUCUUUUGUUUGCUCUGGAAGUAAAAGGGAGAUUUACUUUAAUUACUAUGGAAAAUACCCAUUUCAAUUCUACACUUUCAAUUCUAUACAAAGCUAAGCAAGACAGGUAAGUGCAGAGCUUAGGUCACAGUUGGAGAUGACUGGCUAAAAUAAAGCCUCAUUUAUUAAGAGCUACACUUAACACUAAGAAAACAUCUCUAAAAUGAAAAGCAAAGAUAAGCAUUACUAUAUUAAAGACAAAAGAUGAGAUGGGGUUUUAAAACUACAUUUAAAUUUUCCAAAUUAACAUUUGUGGGCUUUGAUGUUAUUGAAAUGAAAAAAUAUAGCUCCCUGGUAGGUUAAAAGUCAACAUUUUAUUUUGCUGUUCUUCUGACCUUUUAAACCCUGAAAUUCUAAAUUUCAAUCUUUAAAAAGCUUUCCUGUAAUGGAUGUUUAUGGUUCAAACAUCAAAUAACUACAUGCAUUUAAAACCCAAUAUUGAUUAUUUUCUUUUUACAUCUGUGUGGCAAUGGAGUAUUUGCCUUUUCAAACAAUGAAUAGAUUUAGCUUUGAGAUAGUGCUUUUUGUGGACUGGUGAGACAUGUACCCCUCAAAAGCAAAACUGCUCUCUGGAAGGACAGUAUUUUGAGACAUGUUUACCUGCUCAUGUAAGAAAUAAAAUGGAAUUGAAACAAAGGAUGAAAAUGGAAGAAUGAACUUACAGUUCUGUUCAAAACUUUAGCUUCUUAAUAAUCAGGCAUCUGUGAUACUAUCAAUACCAUAAGCCACAGAUACUAAUGCUAUUAAUUUUUUAACUAAAGAACUUUCCAUUUUAUUGCAUUGGAUUAGAGAUGAAAAGAAUGAAUGAAAUUCCACUUUGAGCCCAAAGGGCAAUUAAGCUUAGGUACAACCACAAAACAAGAAUGAAAAACAAGUGAUCCCAACAACCUGGGACACAGCAAUACAUAAAGUGAAGGAAGAGAUAACCUGUAGACAGUAAAGUCUCUUGGAAUGCCCCAGCAUUAAACUGCACACUGAACUGCUCUGGACGUAUGACCAUAGUCCCAUAGAGAUGGCCUCAUAGAUGUAUUUUAUCUUGUUUUACAAAAGGUCAUUUGGUGGGUCGCCUUUAGAACAUCUAUUCCUUGGCGGAAAAGUUAGCUCAUUAGAGCAAUGUCAUCAUUAAGAGAAAUGAUUAAGGCUCUUGUCUCUGAAGUGGGAAGAUUAUUCCAUCUGACCCACAUAGUUUACCCUUCCCUGCAUUGAAAAUGAGUAUUUUAGAACAAAGUAGAGCUUUUAAAAGUUAUCAUCAUUAUUAUAGUCGUUAUGUAAUACUUCAAUUAAGAAAGAUGAAAACCUUUUUUUCUUUCCUUAUAUCAGCCCAAAGGUGCUAUUUUACAUAUCAGUACAGAGAAAGGAAGUACUGUUAUGUUGGGCUGCAGUGUUUCCUCUGCAUUGAAGAAAAGCCCAUUCUGAAAUUGAAUACUGCAUUUAAACAAAGAGGGAAAAAUUAUUUUAACUGUGUGCAAUUUUUGAAAUUGGACAUUUGUACUUCUUUGGUUUUACCUAAUUUUCUUGCAUUAACAAUUUACUGUUUUGUGAAUAAUGUGUGCUAAGACAAAUUAAGAAAAAAUUAUCUGUGAAAGACUUUGUUUAUUAAAUCGGUGACCCAAAUCUU